GUUGUGCUUUUGAAACGGUGCUUCAAAAAUUCUAAUGAAGUUUUCAACUUGUUGCACCUACUUUCAAAAAGUAAAGAAUUUACUAUACCAAUGUUAUGAGAAAGUGUGCUCGUUAACUAAUUAGCAUGUCAUAGUUGUGGCUUGUUUUUCUGUGUUAUCUAAUUUACCGUUACAAUCGAUUGACUGGCAAAGGAAUGUGCGUGUUAUAAUCGUUAUCCGUUCCGAUGCACCUGCAGUGCAAGACACUUCGGGCGUCGAACGGACUAAUCCAAACAUUGUAUCUAGUUUGUUGAUAGUGUACUAACGAUUAUAACUUAAACCAAUCGACAUCUUUCCGGUCGCCGUGCCAACGAAGUCUUACAACUGCCAUGCAAUUAACUGAAAAUUAGGCUAGAGAUCUGCAAAACACGAAAAAUGACUCACUUAUGGUCACUGGCCUGGCAUGCCGCUAUUGUUUUGUUUUUAUGGAAUUCCUUAUCCGAUGAGUAAGACAAACAAUGCGCCGAACCAAAUGAAAGAAGUCGGACGCUUUCGAGUGUCUUUCGUGUUAUCAGUGUUGGAGAGUUUUAGAAUGUUACAUUUGUUUGCUUGACUCUGUGAGACAUGGCUCAAAGCUCAGUAGACUCGGACAGACUGUCUUCAGCUGGUAUAUCCACUCACAGCUCUGGUACUGCCGGCACCCUCGGUGGAUCCGUGGUGGGAGUCAGGCCCGGGGACAACAACAACAAAAGAGAAGAUGAGGAUGAUUACAAUUUGGGACCCUUGCCUCCGAUGUGGGUGAAAGCCUACACUCCUAUGGGAGAGAGGUAUUUUAUUGAUUACAACACUGGAACAUCUCACUGGCUCGAUCCAAGGCUAGCGAGGGUCAGAAAGCACUCCCUCGGUGAAUGUGGAGAAGAUGAGCUGCCGUAUGGCUGGGAACGGGUAACUGAUGAGAGAUAUGGCUCGUAUUAUGUAGACCACAUAAACAGACGAACACAGUAUGAAAACCCAGUCCUACAAGCAAGAAGAUUGAGAGCUGAGAAAAUGGCUGCAGAAAAUGGGAAUAACAACCAAGUGAAUGGACCGCCACCAACGGGAGAACUCAGAGGAGAAAGGUUUACACUAACCCUUACAAAAGGCACACAGGGUCUGGGUUUCAUAUUAAUUGGAGCUGAGGGUAUACCAGAGACUGAAGGAUAUUUGCAAAUUCGUAGUAUCGUACCAAACAGCCCAGCUUGGAUUGAUGGUGAACUUCGGCCUGGAGACGUAGUGGUGGGGGUCGGGAAUCGCGGGGUGAGAGGACUGUCCCAUGCGCAAGUGGCUCAGAUAUUCCAGUCCAUCACACCGGGAACUGAAGUCACACUGCACCUUGUUCGAGGCUACCCGCUGACGUUCGACUCGGAGGACCCAAACACGCGCGUGCUGAGCACGCUGGCGGUGGACGCGGCGCCGCCGACGCCCAACGCCGUUGCCAUGCAGCAGCUCACCAGGGCGCUAAGGACCAGGUUCAACCUGGAGUCGCCGACGGACGCGCACGCGGACAACGGCGCGGACGACACGGACGGCGCGACGCGGCGACUGCUGUCUCGCUCUUUCGACCUCGAUGAGCCGCAAAGAACCCGCGCUCCACCGCGCUGCCCGUCUGCUGAUCAUCUACUGACACUUGCUACUGAACACCAGCACCGCGAGAACAACAACAACGAGCCGGGGCGCGAGUUGGUGCUGACGCUGCGGCGCGGCGCCGCCGGCUUCGGCUUCACCAUCGCCGACAGCGUGCACGGACAGAAGGUUAAGAAGGUGUUAGACCGCAGCCGCUGCGCGGGCCUGCGCGAGGGCGACCUGCUGCUACAGAUCGGUGAUACCGACGUACGACACUCGCCGCACCAACACGUCGUUCAGGUGUUGAAGGAUUGUCCGGCGUUAGCUGAGACGCGUUUGCGUGUUUGGAGGAAGACUGUCACGCGCGCGCCGCGCAGCCGCUCAGCUACGAGACUGCCUACUGUAACGCCAACCAAUACCAGUCAGCUCGGUCGCAGCAAGACGCCGACGGCGGAGCAGCUGCGCUCGCCCGCGCUGCACAUAUCCGAGCCCAACGAUAGACAGAACGGCAUCAAUAACGUGGAAGCAACCUAUGCGGUACCGGAACACAAGAACCGAGAACGAGAGAGCAUAAUGGACCGGCGACGGCGUAGCAGCACUCCUGGAACCCGCCUCACUCUACCCAACAACAACUGGACCCAGGACCAGUGGCAGCCGGAGACCUGGCUGGACAACUCCAACAUACGCCACUGGGCCGAGAACGCGCAGAAGUGGGACGAAACGCCGCAGAAGUGGGAUCCCAACAGUCAGAAGUGGGAUCUGGGCGCCAACGGCUGGGAGAACGGAGAGAGAUGGAAUAACAACUGGGGCGAUAUGCCCACGCCUACUGUGCACGUGGAUAUGAACGCGGCGUACUGGCGGGGUAACGCUAGUGUGGCGGAUAGCAGUGAUAAUGGAGGUUUUCCGUCUGACGGAGUACCAUCUCCGAGUACAGCAGCGGUGGGCGGCCGGCGGCCCUCGCCGCCUGCGCGACCGAGGCCGUUGUCACCUACUAAUUCAACAGCAUUACGCAGCAACUCGCCAUCCAACACGAGCGCGACGGAUCGGCUGCUGGCCGCGUCGCCAUCAACGCGUCUGCAGAGCCAAUCACCCUCUAACCACUCCGCCAACAGCAGAGCUAAGGGGUCGCCUAUGAGGAUGCGUGAGGCGUCUCCGCCGCGGCUGGCGCGAUCCCCAGCAAUGCAGCAGCCUGCAUACGCACCGGAUUAUCCUCAGGUGGAGGCAGGCGGCACGACGGACCCCGAAGCGGACGUGCUAGUCCGGCUGGCGCGGGGGACUAUGGGCUUCGGGUUCCGGAUAGUGGGCGGCACGGAGGACGGCAGCCGCGUUGCCGUGGGAUACGUUGUACCUGGCGGUCCGGCGGACGGUCUGCUGCGCGCGGGCGACCUGCUGACGUCGGUGGACGGCGCGCCGCUGGCGGGCGCCUCGCACGCCGCCGCCGUCGCCGCCGUGUGCCGCGCCGCACACACCGGACACGUGACACUAGGAGUUAGGCACAACAGAGCAGACAUACAGCCAGUGGGUUUGCCCAAUGUGAACACAGCUCAUGCACACCAGCCUUUGCUCACCGGUGCAGAACCGUCGAUGCACACCGUGCCGCCCGCGUCGUAUAACAUCCUGCAUCCGGCGCCGCUCUACCCGCCACAGCAUGUACCGAUGUACAGCAGUGCGGGCGCGGUGGGCGUGGCGGGGACGUACGACGCCGCGGGGUGGGCGGUGCCGUACGACGUCACGAUCACGCGCAACGACGGCGAGGGGUUCGGCUUCGUUGUCAUAUCCUCCACCAACAAGUCCACAAGCACUAUUGGUCAAGUGAUCCCCAAUUCUCCGGCGGCGCGGUGCGGGCGCGUGCGCGUCGGCGACGCCAUCUUGGCGAUCAACGGCGUGCCCGUGCGGCAGCUCGCGCACCCCGAGCUCGUCGCGCUCAUCAAGCGCUCCGGCGCGCACGUCACCCUCACCGUGCUGCCCGCGCAGCCGCCGCCGCACGACUGACAUUACGCCCACGACGAGAUAUUUUAAGAUCUCGGACUCUCGAAUAAACAGAUCUAUGGAAAAGUUAUAAGUGGUAACACAAGAUACUUCUGUAUUGAAUACAAUAGCUUUAAAUUAAUGUCAAAUUUAUAUUUUAAUAGUAUAAAAUACAAGUAGUGUUAAUAUUAAGAUAAUACUUUUAAUUUAGUUUUAUUAUUAGCUGGACCUAUCUCCAAAAGUAAGAACAUUUUCUCCAGUGUAUAAUAGGAUUGUAAAGAAUGGAAUAACUAUUCUGUAGCUAAAAGACUUUUAUUCAAACCAACAUGACUGUAUUUAUUGGUUUAUAGAAAAUAUAUAUUUGCAUAAUAUUAAAAAACCGAGUUUCUCAAGACACUGAUUCAGAAGUCGCUUAGCUACGUAUCGUGUUAACUAAAAACUAAUAAAGCGUAUUAUUUUUAGAAAAAGUCGGGACCAAACCAUGAAAUCUCUAUUUGACAGCUAUUAUUCUCAUAUACACUAAUAAAUAUAAGUACCUUAUACUGAUGUAUUAAAAUCACCAUUCCCGUCCAAAAGCCUUUACUAAAAUGUAAAUAUUUUUAUAUUAUGUGUACUGUCGCCAUGAUAUCUUUCUAUUUUAUUAGUAUGUAGGUUGUAAUGUAUUUCCUGGAAUAAUAUUAUAUAAUAAACAUAUUUAUGAUACUAAAAUUUAUUCAGAAUGGAAAGAGAAAUGGUUUUGUACUUUUUCUGAAGACAGUAAAAUUAUAAAAUACCUAACUGAAUAGUCAGUAUCGUAAGAAAUGUGAGUGAAGACUGUAUGAUUAAGAGAUUGACAUUAUUAUCAAACAUAAUAUUAUGUAAUGACGCUGUGUACCUAUAGUCUUGCACACGGGCUUAACAUGCGCCAUUUUGGGAUCAAAUUAUAAAUUAUUACUUGCUUGAGAUACACAUUUGCUUUUGCUCAACUUCCAACCUCAUUGAAAUCUCCCUGUGCCUUAGUGUAUAUAUGUUGAAUCGGCAUAACUAGGUAAUAUAAGUAAGUAAAGUCCACUCGCUGGACAGAGAAAUAAUUUGUCCAUAGACGCAAUAAAUGCUCAUAAUGUCCAUAUAAAUGCUAGUCUCUCUGACGCAAUAACAUAACGCCGAAAUAUGCAGCGAUAAACGACGGAUAGAUAAAUAUAUACUAUUUCUUUCUGUCCCGCGUCCGGACUAUAGGGCCCAUUUACGCCAGUCUAGGUUAAAAUAAUCAUUUUGUGAAAUGAUUAUAAUAUGUAGUCAAAAUACCCUUUAUUCAAAGGCUGGUCUAUAAAUAGAAAAAACUGGGUGACGCAAGUGGGAUAUAACAAUUGAGUUAUUUUAAUUAAUAAAUAGUCAGAAUGUUUGUAUAGUUACUUGUUUCAAAUUAGACACAAAUCCAAAAGUAACUGCCAUUAGGAAAAUAAUAAAUUAUGUAUGUUACGUAUAUAAUAUUAUGUCGUUAAGAUUUAGAUUAUGAAAGCUAUUUUAAGAAGAAAAUGCAACAAACUUAAUAAAAUCAUAUUUCACACUUGGUUUCAAAUUUUGUGCACUUUUUAGCACAUGAUUUUAGACUUUAGACCACUUUGGAUUUUAAAAUAAACUGUGCAGA